UUUAAAAUUUGUAGGAACGUACGUUAUGCAAAAUGGAUACGACCAGGUAAAGAUGAUCUGUCUGCAGAUGAGGAGUACUUCUUCAAUCUCGAGUGAAGACGUUCACACACAAAUCAAGUCAUUUUUGAUCAACUCUUCCACUUUGAGGACAACGAAAACAAAUGUUGUUCUGGCUGCUGUGCUGUGGCAAGUGGCAGGCAAAACAUUCGGAAGCGGCAUCGGCAAACUUCGGCAAACUUCGGCAAAACCGAAACUAGAGGGUGCGUUCCGCACAAAACCGCUGUCCCAAAAAUCUGGUUCCGAAGCUGUUGAAGAGUUGGCUAAACUGAGAGGGGAGAGGCGUCUGCUAGUCAACAAUAACCUUCCUAGAACCGUGCUCCGUUUUGGACGAACUAACGAUAACUUUUGAGAAAAUCUUUCUGUAGUUCAUAGCUAUG